CACCUUUAAACCCAUGAUAUAAAUUCAAUCACCUUUGAAUUAUGUUUCAGAUCCUCAUCAUAAUCAUCAAUCAAUUAAUCUACAAAAAACUCUGUUUCAUUUCCUUACACUUUCCUAGUUAUUCUUCAAUCAUGUCAUCUCAUUACAAGGCACAGCCUCUGCCAAAAUUUGGUGAAUGGGAUGUAAAUAAUCCAGCGUCAGCUGAAGGAUUUACUGCCAUAUUUAACAUAGCAAGAGAUGAGAAGAGGACUGGUGGGAAAGUCAAGGUUGAGGCUGUAAAAUCACAGCAAAAGCGUGGUGCAUAUAAGGAGAAAAGCAAACAUAAAUUUUCCAUUAAGAGAAAAUGGUUUUGCUGUGCUUGAAAGCUGAAUUGAAAUCACUCAACAAAACUUUUAUGACAACAACAACUUGCUGCAGAAAUCCUUUAGUUGAUACUUGAUAGUCAUUUUUGUUGGCAAUCCUGUUUUCUUUUCUUUUCUCUUCUGAUUGCUUUCCUUUUUUAGAGCAUAGUGUCUCCAUGUUUCUCAUGGAAUUUUUCUGCGCACUUCCUUUUUUUUUUUUUUUUUUUUUCGUGUUUUCCUUGUGGAAGGAGGCUAUUGUAAAGCUACAAUUUUGCACAUUUUCAUUUGGGAUGGCUUUUGACUCUGUUAGUACUUAUAUUUCAUUGUAACAAAUACAAAAAGAGAGGCUUGGUUAUGGUUCUAUUGCAGACUAAAUUGGGUGAGAUCCAAUACCAUUAAAUUCAAACAUAAGCUCCCAAUAUUCCAAUACUCAUUUAAGAUUUCUAAAGCUUUAAUUAGAUUAAAAAUUUGUAUAUUUCAAGUCAUAUUUAUUUUGUAUCAAAUAUAUAUAAAAUAUAAAAAUUUUAUAUCAUAGUUAAAUAUGAAUAUAUCAAAUAGUUUCAUACAAUAUGCUUAUAUCAUACCUAAAAUUAUCCGAAUCCACCUUUAAUCUUUAAUCAUUUAAUCCGAAGAAAGCUGAGAAAGAAGCUUCGUCCAGGUCAAAAGUAAAACAAUGAUGUUGACUCGUGAACUAUGAGCUUGUCAUCAUUCCGAAAAAGGCCACGUGUUAUAUCUUGGACACAAUGGGAGUCCUUGUUUUCGGCAAAUGUAGGCAGCUUUCGUUAGUCAAUUGGUCAAAAAAAGCUAUCACGAGGAAAUGGAAACGAUGGAGAUUCGUAGGGGAAAACGAGGACACUGCUGUGUUUUUCCCAUCCAAAGACUUGUCAAAAUCUACUCUUUUUCCUUAUCUUGUUUUGCACUUUACAUUAUGUCAUGAAAAUGAAGAAUUACAACAUCAAUUCCUUUAUUUGAUCGGCUACCAAAAAACUAUGGCAAGCUGUGCCAUCGAUGGUGGCUGCCCCUCCGACUAUGUAGCCGUUGUCACAGCCAUCUGCUCCAUGAUUUUACUUAUUCUCAAGUCUUCUUUUCCGUUUUUGAUACACAAGGUUCCCCGUGCCAAAGGCAGUUCCUUUUGGAUUCCAGUCAUUCAAGUUAUUGCCAGCUUCAACUUUCUAUUAUCAAUUGUGAUGUCGGGUAAUUUCCUUAAAUACAGAAAGAGCCAUUGGUGGCUGUCUUGCUAUGUUUGGGGAGUAUGGGUUGAAGGUCCACUUGGAUUUGGUUUGUUGAUGAGCUGCCGCAUAGCACAAGUCUUUCAACUAUACUAUGUUUUUGUCAAGAGGCGUUUACCACCAAUUAGAUCUCAUAUUUUUCUUCCACUGAUUCUGUUGCCAUGGAUUGCUGGUGCUGCAUUUAUUCAUGGGAAGAAGCCUCUCAAUUACAGAUGUCACUUGGAAACAUACUGGAUAAUUCCAGUUGUAUGUCUCCAUGCAUCCUAUGUUGCUGUUUUGGUCGGGUUCACAGGGGCAAUUCGGCAUAUAGAGUUUAGGUUUGAUGAACUCAGAGACCUAUGGCAGGGAAUACUCGUCUCAGCCUCACUAAUUGGAGUUUGGGUUUCUGCUUUCAUCUUGAAUGAAGUUCAUGAUGAUAUCUCAUGGCUUCAAGUGGCCUCCAGAUUUAUUCUUUUAAUUGUGGCAAGUAUUCUUGUACCGGUUUUCUUUUCCAUAUCAAUUUCACAGCCUCUGCUCUCACAAAUCAGCUUGAGGAAAAGGGAACCUUUAGAAUUCAAGACAAUGGGUCAAGCUCUGGGCAUACCAGAUAGUGGACUGCUAUUGCAAAGAGAACAAGCUGUUGUCAUUGAUCCUAAUGAACCAUUGGAUAAGCUUCUUCUUAACAAAAAUUUCCGUCGGUCUUUUAUGGCAUUUGCAGACAGUUGUUUGGCUGGGGAAAGCGUGCAUUUCUUUGAAGAGGUGCAUGAGCUUGGCAAAAUUCCAAUAGAUGACCCUGUAAGAAGGAUCUACAUGGCACGCCAUAUCAUUAAUAAAUACAUAAUUGCAGGUGCAGCAAUGGAAGUUAACAUAUCUCAUAGAAUCCGGCAAGAAAUUUUGACCACCACUGAUUUGACUCGUCCUGUUCUCUUUACCAAUGCUCUAAAUGAACUAAUGCAGUUGAUGAAAAUGAACUUGGGUAAAGAUUACUGGUCAUCCUUGUACUUCAUCAAAUUCAAAGAGGAAGCCAGUAUGAGAUCUAAUGGUCACGAGAUGGAACAGAUGACAGGAUAUUUCUCUCCCAGAUUGAGUUCUGUUCAUGCCACUGAUGAUCCCUUUCAGCAUGACCAUAUUUCGAGGGGCUCUAGCCAAGAUAUUCAUGAUUCAUACCCACAAUGAACUAAGAUUUGUAAAUUGCCAUUAUGUUUACUGUAAAUUCAUAUCACAAAUGGGCAUGAAUGAAUGAUUUUGUAAAAGGGUUCGACUCUAAUCCAUUACUUUUUUAACUUACACCAUCCAAUACAUCUAAAACAGUCAUUAGAUUGGCAUAUCAGUGUGCGAGACUUUCAUUAUGCUUCUCUUAAUUUCGUCUGUUUCCCAUCUUCAAAUCCGUGGUGAUGAUCGUUCUUCUUUGUAGGAUGGUGCGAAUAUGUGAUAACCCUACAUUUUAUCCACGCGCCAACCACUUCUAGCAGCAUAUCUUAAAGUUCCAGCUUCCGAAACCCGUAUAGCUGGACAUCUAUGCCUCGGUGGGACAAGACUUUAACCUCAACUUCGAACUUUUAUGCUUUGUAGCAAAUUUAGGGUGGAUCCGAGCAUUUGGGUCAUGCUGUCUCUUCUUAAGAAGUCGGGUUUAAAUCUUUCACCGUUAAAAUAAAGUUAAUAGCACAUAUGAUUUUUAAAUUUUAAA